AUGGCUCAAGGCUUCGACUUCUGGCGCCCGCCCAUUGCUGACGUCCCCGAUAGCGAUGAAGAAGCGGCACCAGGACCAGGUCGUGAGGAGGCUCGAAGUGGCAGCCUCGCAUCAACCGCUGAGGCGGCUUUCCAGCCUCCCCCGCGCAGCGGUCUUAGCCAGGUCUCCGCCGACUUGAAGCUCGCCCAGAACUGGGAAGACACGGCGAAUGGCAAGAUUCUGCAAAGGAGCUCGCUCGACUUGGACCAGGCUCACGUGAAGACGGCGGGCUAUCCUGUGCAGCUUGCAUCUCUCACUUCGUAUCUUGAUGCCUUGUCUCUGGCCGGGCAGGGUGUGCAGGGUGCGGCCCGGGUGGAGACGGCACCUCUGUCUCCGUCCGAGUUGCCGCGGACUCUCGCCCAAGAGCGCCUAGAGGAGGCUUUUGGUGAGGUGGCCUUGCCGGAGCACCUCCCGAGCUCGCCAGGAAAGUGUGGGGCGGCGAGCCUCACGUCCCGAGCUUUGCAGAUCAACGGCUCCGAGGUAUGGCAACAGCGCCGAUCGCCUGCCGAGACGCAGAUUGGACGGGCAGUGCCGGAUCCGAGCAUUUGUGGGAAGCUCGGCGCAGUACCGGACCUGCCCAACCCCUUCACGGUGACCACCGACUGCCCGGUGUUGGUUGCGGAGAUGUUGAAGAACAUCCCGUCAGAGGACUGGGACGCCAAGCGCUUCGUAGAGCCUGUGCCUAUUACAGGGCUUCCAAACCUCUACCAUGGGCCUGGUGGCUUGCUUUCGCCCCACACACCCAGGCAGCUGGCCAACAAUCAGCUAGCGGCCGCGAUUGCAAAUCGCCUCUGCGAGAAUCUUCGAAUCUCCCUAGCCCGGGCCUGUCAAGACUAUGCGCUCAAGAAGCGCAUUCCUCCGGAGGAGCAAGCGGUCGACGCAGCCCGGCUGCAAGUCAAGCAGGCCGAGCAGGCCGCGGAGUCGGCGCGAGGGGAAGCUCGUGUUGCAGAAGGUGACCUGAAAGCCUUCUUGGCGAGCUAUGAGGCUGAUCCCGACAGGCAUCGGCAUUUGCAGGCGGUUGCCGGAUGGAAGACAUCUGCUUCAGAACAGUCGGAGACGGAACUGCAAGAGGCACGAAAGCUUUUGCGAGCCGCUGAAGCUGCCCGUGCGCAAGCGGCCGCUGCCGGCAUCAAACACAUUCCUUGGAGCCAAAAGUGGUCGACCCUGGUGCCAGUGGAGGCCAGCAGAAGGGAGGUCUUCGCCGUCAGAUUGGCUGAGAAUGGCCAGCUGUUGUACACUCUUUGGGAGUUUGUGGACGCCAUGCAGCACGGCCUUGUCGAUCGUACCCGUGGCAGCUACGUCCCAAAGCACGUCUUGGAGAUGGCUUUCGUUCGCUGUGCAGCAGACAACCUGCUGCUUUGCAGCGCUGGCAAGGGGAGUUACAUCCAUUUGCCAGCUCCGGCCACGGUGAGCACGGGGCUUACCGGCCGAUCGGGCCGAGUUCCGUUGCCGCUGCACGGUCUGGCGCUGCGUCUCGAAGGCCAGAGUUUUCCGUUUUCCUUGAGUUUGGCCUCAACCGGAUCGAGGUUGGCAUUCUCCGGAUUGGGCCUUUGCGCUCUGAUGUACCAGACUCCAUGGAAUCCGCUUGAGUACAGCGACGUCCUCUGGGCCAGUGAGGCCCAGGACAGUUUGAUGCUGGCCCCUUUGAUCAUGGCCGUGUCGGAGCUGGUGAUGGAUCCGCAGCUUCCCAUCGGACCGUUUGCUCCGGUGGCCGGUCAUGGCGAUGCCAUGCAUUCCAUGGGGCUUGCCCUGCUGCAGGCUCUCCUUUUCCACGAUGUGAAGAUGUGGCCGGUAUCUCUUGCCCCGCAGCUUCGCUCGCGCCUUGAGUUCGCGCUGCGGGCCUUGAAGGUGGUCCUCGGCCAGAAAGAGGAGGAGAAUUACAGCCACUCUCCCAGGCUACCGGGUGUCGACGAAAUCCGAGACGAAGCGCUCGCACGGUGCCUGGAGGCGCUGCAGAAGGUGCCAGACGAUGGUGAUGGAGGUGGAGGGACGCCAGUUCAGCGGAGUGUGCUCAGCGAAGCCUGUGGCGGCUUCGCAGAUCGCAUCAAGCGCAUGGAGCUGUCGAUGCUCACUUGCCUCCCUCUGCAGUCGUCCCAGGUUUUUCGGCAGACGUUGGAGGAGCUGCUGCAGCUGUGGCCCCAAUUCGUGGAGGACACUGCGCCUGUGGGAACGCGAUGA